CGCUGCCUCAGGCUCAGAACAUUCUUUCCGCGUGUCGCAACUCAUCCACGUUCGAACACUCUUCUCUCGCGUCGCCCUCUGGGUGCCAUCUGCCAGCCAUGGGUGCCUGCCACUCGGCGCAGGGACCGGCUGCUGCCUGCAGCUCGUCCGAGGGCCCAGAUGACUUGAGCAAGGGGGCCCAGGUGUGCCCAGUGACCAACGCCUCGGGCACGUGCCCCUUCCAGGCGAACUCGGGUCCAUCGCCCCGGGCACCUGCGCCGUUCAAGCCCGCCGUCCAAGCCCCCCAACCGUGCCCCCUUCAGGCGGCCGUGGCGGCCGCUGAGGCCGCCAUCGGGCAGCCUUCGGUCAGCGGCCAGAAGAUGCUCCUCUCAGAGCUCCCGGAGGCGCCCCAGCAGCUGGCCUCGAGGCGCACGGUGACCGACAUGGAUGAGAUCCGCCGGCUCCGAGGCGCACGGAUGCCGCUGAGCGCAGAGGACAUCGUCGUGGUGAAGGGCGCGUGGAAUCGCACCCUUGCCUUCAAGGAUGCCACCAUGGAGGCCAUGGUCUACCGCUGGAUCCACCUGGACCCAGAGAUCUACGAGGUGCUGCGGCUCAAGUUCGAUGAGGUGGCGCACGACAUGUUCCAGAUGAUCGACAAGUGUGCCCGCGCGCUGGACCGGAGGACGGAGGUCCACGGCAGGGAGAGCUACACAGCCGGCUUCCCGGCGUGCGUGACGCGGGACUUCGGCGACGACCCCUCCGGCAUCAUGUCCCACUACACGCUGAUGGGCAUCCGGCCGAAGCACUGGGCCUUGUUGAAGGAGGCUUUCAUGUUCGCCAUUAGGACCCACAACCCAUACCUCUACAAGGACCAUGACGGGGUGGAUUUGGAGAUGGGCGAGGACGGCGCCAUCAGCCGCUUCUUCCACAUCCACGUCAUGCAGAAGGCCCAUGACGUCUUCCAGAAGUUCGUCGACACGCUGCAGUCCCCCGACGCCGUGGUGGUGCAGCGCCAGGCCGCGGCGCUCCAGUCCAUGCGAGGCUUUGGCGAUGACUUCUACCGGAGGCUGCUGACCAAGUACCCAGAGCUGGGCGACGACUUCCCACACGCCGACAUGGACCAGUUGACUCUGCACCUGCAGCGGACGCUACAGGUCAUCGGCAAAGCAGAGUCAUUUGGCGCUGGCGUGCGCGAGUCCAUGAUGUCCGACGCCUUCUCGAAGCUCGCGCAUGCGCUCCAAGAGGCCAUGAUCCCGUCCGAGACCUUCCCCAAGGUCGGGGGGGUUCUGCUGGAGACCCUGAGCGACAGGUUCGAGAUGAGCAAGGGCGUCCUGGACAUGUGGGCGUUCUUGUUCACUUACUGCGCCACGGUCGUCUCCGUGCGGAUGGCCGUCGGGAAACGCCUCUACGCGGAAGCGGAGGAGUUUUUCUCGGUGCUCGCCAAGGAGGAGGAAUGGACCCCUGCCAUGUUCGACUUCCGCAUGAGCCAGGUCCGGAGUGAGAUCGCCAUCAGCGGGACCUACAGGCACACCACCCACGAGCUGCAGGCCGGCGCCCGGCAGGCUUGGCGCAACUCCGCGAAGUGCCCCGGCCGAAUCGCGUGGGAUACGCUGGUCAUCCGCGACUGCAGGCACGUGACCUGCGCAAAUCAGGUUUUCGAGGAGUGCGAGGAACAUCUGAAGGUCGCCGCUGGAGGAGGCAUCGUGCAGUCCACGAUGACCAUCUUCGCGCCCAAGAAGCCGCACGAACAGUGGGGCAUUCGCUUCUGGAACCAUCAGUUCUGUAGGUACGCCGGCUACGUGCAGGAGGAUGGUAGUGUCCUGGGCGACCCCGCCAACGUCAAGUACACGGAGAUGGUGAUGAAGACGUUUGGGUGGAAGCCGCCGACGAAGCGGACAAAGUUCGACCCCCUACCGCAGAUUGUGCAGUUCCCGGGCCAGAACCCGCAGAUGCGCGAGCUCCCGCGCAAGCUCUUCUGCGAGAUCCCCAUCACGCACCCGGAGCACCCCAAGCUCGCGAAGUUGGGCCUGAAGUGGACCUCCCUCCCCGCAAUCAACAACUUCACCAUGCGGAUCGGCGGGGUGGACUACCCCUGCUGCCCCUUCAACGGCUGGUUCGUCGACCUGGAGAUCGCCCGGAACCUGGUUGAGCGCUACGGCGUGGGCCCGGAGGUUGCUAAGAUCUGCGGCUUCGACACCAGCUCGAAUUCCUCUGGCUGGCGCGCCAUGGUUCUGCAGAAGAUGAGCGCCGCGGUGACCCACUCGUUCCAGAAGUCGCGGUUCAGCAUCGUGGACCACUACACUUGCUCCCAGCAGUUCUUGACCCACGUGGACGGAGAAGCAGUGCGGGCGAGAGGUGCCCGCGCAGUGGAGCUGGAUCGGAGGCUUCCUCGGCGUGCAUUGCCCAGCAUGGCAUUACGAGAUGCGCGACUUCUACCUCCGCCCACAGUUCCACUACCACUGCGACAGGUGGGUGGUGGAGGACGCGUCGGGCCUGGAGGGCCCCAAGCUGACCAAGAGCCACACGUCUCUCCGGGACCGCCCCCUCCAGGACGACCCCCGCAAGGUUUUGAUUCUCUACGCCAGCACCACCGGCACCGCGGAGCAGUUUGCCAGAAACAUGGCCAAGGAGCUCGGCUUGGCCUACGGGCCGCGGGUCAUGGAGUUAAACGCUAUGGACGAGAAGUUGGUCCAGAGGUUCACCCACAUCGUCUGCUUCAUCGCGACCUUCAACGACGGCGCCGCCCCACAUAACGGCUCCGCCUUCCCGGACGCCCUGCCUUUCCCGCUGGUGAGCAAGAACACCGGGCAGCCAAUCAGGUGCGCAGUGAUGGCGUUGGGCAGCACCAUGUACCCUGGCUUCUGCGCCUUCGGCAAGAAGGUGAGCAAGACGCUGGAUGCAGCGGGGGCCACGUGCUUCGUCCCCACGGUGCUGGCGGACGAGUGCAAGGACCAAGGGGCGGAUUUCCAGAAGUUCCUGCGCUCCCUUCGCUUCGAGCUAGAGCCGCGCCAGGCGCUGGCGGGCACGGUCGAGUCCUGCCUCGCCGUCAGGCUGGGGGAGCCGCGCGUUGGCAUUGCGGAGGCCUCUGAGCCUGGCGAGGUGAGGGCCCACAAGCGGGCGGAGGUGGUGGAGCCCACGCCGUUGCUGGCAAACACUUCGGAGUGGCGGUCUACGCGGCGCAUCCGCAUCGACAUCUCGCGCUGCGAUGGCAUGAGCUACCGCACCGGCGGUCACCUCAGCGUUCUGCCCCGUAACCCGCACGACGAGAUCGUGAGGCUCGCGCUGGAGCUGGGCAUCGAAGAGGAGAGGCUGCAUGCGAGGCUCGAGGCCACCAUGGUGGAGGGGGAGGAUCAGUAUCCGGCCGAGCUGGGGUUCCAGCCGACGACGCUGUACGACGCGCUGCAGUGGCACCUGAACAUCACUGUCCGCCCGGCGAGCCUGCCGCGCAUUCUGGGCAUGGUGCGGGAUGCCGGCGGCAUGACCGCAGAGGAGCAUCAUGAGCUCAUGCAGCAGGACAGCGAGACGGUCGCGGAGCAGUUCUGGUGGUUGUCAAGCCUCCUACGCGCCUUCCCGCGGGCGAAGGGCAAGAUCACGCUCGGCGCCCUCUUCGGCGCGCUGCCCUUGCAGUUCCCGAGGCUGUACUCCAUCGCGAGCAGCAACCUGGUCAGCCCCAGCGUGGUCGAGCUUUGCGUGGGCCUCGUCUGCGUUGGCAGCAGCCGCGGGCUGGCCUCCGGCUAUCUACACUCGCUGCAGGUGGGCAGCCCUGUGUGGGUGUCCGCGCUCGCCUCGUCUUUCGACCUGCCAAAGUCGCCAGAGGCGCCUAUGAUCAUGGUCGGCGCCGGCACGGGCGUCGCGCCCUUCGCCGGCUUUGUCCGGGAGCGCAUUCACCACGCGCAGAAGGGCGCGGCCGGGCAGUGCGGCAAGGCCCAGCUCUUCGCCGGCCAUCGGUGCAGCGCGGAGACCCUUCACGCCAGCCUGUUCAAGGAGGCGCUCGAAGUGUCGGCGCUGACGACAUACGACGUGUCCCUGUCCAGGGAGCCAGGCGUGGAGAAGCGCCUAGUCACCGACGGGCUCCGCCAGUCGGCGCAGGAGGUAUGGGAGCUGAUCCAGAGUCCCGAUUGCCACUACUACGUCUGCGGCGACAGGCGCAUGGCCGACGACGCUCACCAGGCGCUGGUUCUCGCCAUCGCCCGGGGGGGCAACAUGAGCCGGGCGAGGGCGGUUGCCUUCAUGGAUGGCAUGCGUGCGUCGGGCAGGUACCACCUCGACGUCUGGGGGGUCAUCAAGCAGGGCGGGAAGCGCCGCUCGCUGCAGAACUGGUCCAAGCCGUACCUGAGUCUCAUGCAGGAUACAGUCGAGGACGAUGAGCUGUGGACCCCACAGCUCGUCGCCCGCGCUUGAGCGACAGCGAUGAGCAUUGUGGUCGCAAGGCGUCCUGGCGAGGGUCGGGAGGACUCGGGGGCGGAGCUGGGGCGAGGAGGAGGCGGCGGAGCGCAACGGCCGCGUCUUCGGAACAACCACAGCUCGAGUGUAGUCUCACAGCAGCCGGUGGCCAACACAACGGCCGCUCAUGGCUGCGCCAGGCCAGCUGUGUUUGUACUGGAUUUUUUUAAAGGAGUUCGAGUCUAACUCUGAACUGGUUCCCUAUGGGCAUGUUGUGCCAGGCAUGGCGUGCUGUGCCUGACUUGACAGACUCAACAAGAGGGC